GUUGCGAGUUGGGAUCGCAUCGACGCUCAACUUUCCACAUUAUCAGGCGUCGAUUAAGCCACUGGUAAUUACAACGAUUCGAACGUGUCAUUCCAACCACUGGUCCGGGCGAUAACCAGGAGCUGAGCACCGCCUCGAUGUCCAUUUGAACAGGCGAUGCGUGCGGCGAGCGGCCUCGUGGGCCUGCGCCUCGUCUCGCUCUGCGGCCACGCGGCGCAAGUGGCCGCCGCGCUCUGGGCCGCGGUGGCGUCCGCCUGGCGCUGUGGGGACGGCGCCCUGGGGAGGGACUGCGCGGAAGAAAACCUGAUCGCCUGUAUUCCAGUGCCGCGUAUCACAGAAAACCAGACGCCAACGAAUGAGGUGGUGAUACCGCUGGCGCUCACAUUGGCUGCACUGGGGGUGGAGUUGAUUGGCUUCAUCACUGGGAUGUCCGUGCACAGCAGCUCCCAGAGCCUCCUCUCCAUCGGUUGUCACAGCAGCGCCGGCAUCACGAUGGCGUUCUACCUGUUCGACUACCUGGCCUGCGACGCCGCCUGGUGGCUCCUGGGUUUCUGCAGUGUGCCACCGGCCGUGCUGGAGGUGGUCGUGGUGCUCAGUCUGCUGCUCAACAAAAGGCCUUACUAACCAUGCCACACGGAUCACAGCUGCUCACGUCGCUUGGAGAAUUCUUGCUAAAGUGUGGUCGUGUGUGUCCAACAUGUGGGGGGCCAGGUUUACAGUUAAAAGUCAAGAGAGUUCCUACUCUAAUGAGCACCAAAGCAGAGCUCAUCUGUUUACAAUCCCGAGCCAACGGUGAAAAUGCUACAUUCCCGUGAUUGUGCAAGUCUAUUGAUUGGAUAUCCAAGUGGAACAAAUUUUUUAUACCCCAGAGGGAUGAUGGCCUGAGUCAAUCCCUAACCAGGAUUUGAAUUUGCAACCUCCUGAUUGCGAGCCGCUCGCUCUACUGCCGAGCCAUCUUCAUAGGAGGCAGGUGACAAUUUGCUGCCCUGUGAUUCGAUAAACUGUCGCAAUUAGAUUCAGAAUUUCAUUCUUGGUAGUUUUUUAUGGUAAAAUUUUUCCUGUUUUAUCCAGUAUUUUGUGCCGAUAGUCUGCUAAAGAAAGCAGUUGCAUAUUUGUAUACACAAAUUAUUGUUCUGAUUCUAAUUGAUAUUUCACGAGUAAAAAAAAAACGUUGUUUCAUGCUUUCUAGUAUUCUGAGGCAUGCUGUAAGAUUUACCCUAAAUGAGGCCAUCAUGGCUAUUAUUAUGCCUGUUUGCCCAGGAGAGU